AUGGGGCUCUCCGUGAAUCCGGGGAGUGUUUGUACUCCGAGUGAAAGGCCCGCACACUCCGACUAUUCAUGUCCCUUCCUUGCGGGUGAUGCGCACCGGGACCGGGCAAAGCGCAGUGAACAUUUUUUUAAAUGUUCACUUAUAUUACAUUGCUCUCAACCUGCAGGUGUGGGCUGCAUAAAUCAACUGGGAGGGUUCUUUGUGAAUGGUCGCCCUUUGCCCACAUGUAAGCGAGAGAGGAUCAUAGAAAUGGCAAUAAAUGGCAUCAAGGCGUGUGAUAUCUCCAGGAUUUUACAGGUCUCCAAUGGUUGUGUGAGUAAGAUCUUGGGCCGAUUCUACCAGACGGGCUCUGUGGAUCCAAAAGCAAUUGGUGGAAGUAAACCACGGCUGUCAACCCCAGAGGUUGUGGCAAAGAUUGCUCAGCUUAAGUUGAAUAAUCCAUCAAUGUUUGCCUGGGAAAUCCGUGGAAAGCUGCUGUCAGAGGGAAUCUGCACCAGGGACAAAAUUCCUAGUGUUUCAUCUAUUAAUCGAGUUCUGCGCAACCUGCAUUCUGACCUGCAAUUCUCUACAUCUGAGAACUCAAGAAGAGGGAAAUGGACAGAAGAUUAUGGAGAGCACGGAAUAAAUCAAGCUCCAAAUAUCUUGGUAUCUGAUCCUGCCAAGGAUGUUCAGCCAAAUUGUCAGCAAAAGAAUCGAACUGUUUUCACACAAGAACAAGCUGAAGUGUUGGAGAAAGAAUUCAGAAGAACACAAUAUCCAGAUGUAUUUGUGCGAGAGAAGUUGGCAUCAAAAAUAUCUCUUCCAGAGGCUAGAAUCCGGGUCUGGUUUUCUAACCGACGAGCAAAAUGGAGACGAGAGGAGAAGGUGAAAAUCAAACCUGGCUUUCUAAAUAAUACCUCCUGCAGUUUGGAGCUAAACCCACUCCAAGCCUCAACUCAUGGUUUCCCAACUUUUCACCCAUCAACAAUGACUGACAGUCUGUCUCGCCAGCCUUACCAGCCUCCACCCAUACACCCAAUUCGCCCUCUCCUGGUUGCUGAGACCCUAAAGCCACAAAGGUAUCUGGCAGCAGAAGCACAACUCUACCCAAACAACACUACGGAGAUGUGGAAGGAACACGGCUUUGAUCUGUAUAGGGCGCUGGAAUCAUCACCAUGCCUGGGUUCUACACCAACAUGUUGCUCAGAUGUUUCUAACGGACAGACUCACACUGGGAUUCCACUUUCUAUUUUGGAUCAUACUCCAUUGGUUACUUCUUCUGGCAACACAACAUCACUACCAGUUCCUGGCACAGAUAAGCCAUCACUUCCUCUUCCUGCCAGAGAAUGUGCAUGCUUUUCUGUUCCAAUAGGAACUCAUGCUUCCAGUGCCAUAAUGGACAAUAUUACAGUGUCAUUUCCUGUUUCUAAUGCUGGCUGUCUGCUGGACAAUCCACAGCGGUAUUUUAAUAUCUUGAAUUACAAUCCUUUAUAGUAGCAAUUCCUCUUCUCCCACUAUUUAUUCCCUUUGUAAUUCUAGAGCUGCAACUUGGCAACAGCACUUGUGGAUGUUGAGUUAGUGAGAUUGCCACAGGUUGAUAAUGACAAGUUCUUCUGACUGUCGAAAGAUCAAAUCAGCCUCUCCUUUCUAUUUUCCUUUCUGUUGUUAUGACGUGACUAGGCUCUGAAGACAACAGCAACAUUUGUCUGUUGAUUACGUUCAUCCUUUCCUUUGAUUGUCCAAAAUGACAAAAGUCCUCAUCCACAAUUCAAACAUUUUCAUUUAUAAUUGUAAUAAAAGCUAAAGAAAGACUUCAAAUCCAAAGACUGUGCAGUGUCAUACUCCUCUGGUUUAGAAGUUGAUUGGAGCCUACAAAUUAUUGCCAAAGAAUUAUAUUCCCAUAGCUUUUUCCUGGUUUGAUCAUCACUGUGGAUGAACUAUGAGAAGAAAAUUACAUGCAAAACUGUGUGUAAAAACAAUGCUAUCCCAAACAUCACAAGACAAUGAGCAGCAUUUGAAGUUAAGUGUAAAGUACAGAUAUGGAACAAAACCCAAACGUGUUCAGAAGGCAGAUACAGAAUGCAGAGCACAAAUCUUCAUUGAACAUGUUCAGUAUCUGGUGAAAUGUUUCCAGUAGCUGCUUGGCUGAUGGAAGAACUGACAAACAAGAGGCUUUCUACAAGGACAAUAAAAUGAGAUUGAUCCCACUGAAUGAAUGACUCCAGUAACAAUCAAUGCUGAUCUGUUAUUUGAACUUGUGAGAGUACAAGAGAACAUUGUUUCAAAGUAGGAAUCAUUGCGGGCACACUACGAUGCCUUUGUUCUUAAAGCUUUUGCUGUAACUGGAUACUGGUCAGGAGCAAGGACUCUGGGCAAUUUCCCACAUCAAAGGGAACCUGAUGAUGUUGACUAAUCUGCAACAAGAAUGAAGAUCCCUAACUUAUCACAGACCAAACAUCAAAUCUCUCUGGUCUAUAUGGUCUGAACAGAGUGUUUACCUACCGAGCAAUUGGGUGGCUUUAUCUACCAGGGCCUGUUUUGUUUUGGAAUUUACUGUAGUAUAUGAUUCUGUUCACGAAUAUCCUCCAGGAAGAGAUAUCUGUUGUCCUUCCUGAUCUGAUCUCUAUGUAACUCCAGACCCACGCCAAUGUUGUUGGUUCUAACUACCCUCUAAAAUGGCUCCACAAGCUGCUCAAUUACAUGAUAUCACAGUUUCAAAAUACAAUAAUAAAACCAGAGGGACUCUCCGGCAACAACAUGGGCAUCAGUUUUGGCAAAAUAAACACACCCAGCCAGUCAAUCCCGCAAAAGCUCCUUGUGAACUCUGGGGAGAUGACAAGAUUGUUUCACUGACGAGUGAAGCAGAAGCUUCAUAAAGGCAGCUUUUCAACCAUUUGCCUCCUGUCUCUCCAAAGCUAACAUAGCCACCACAAGGUCUUUGUCAGGAAUGUGAUACAAUAAUCCCCACUUCCAUGGAUAAGUGUAGCACUAACAACACUUCAA